GUUGAUGUGUCAGUCAGUGUUUCCGAGGGAGCAGUGGCGCAUCUCACGGACCGCUGCCGGAAUAAUGGGCUUCUCUAUCAUGUGAGCAGUCCGGCCUUUUCUUUUGCCAGCCACGUCAGUCGCAUCCGAAAUCAAGACUGAGUGGGGAAGAAAGAAGAAAUAGACUCGUGUAAUUUAUAUCAGGCUGUUAUGUGAAAGAGGGACGAGGCUUUUGGAUGCGUAUUUGUUUUGCUAGGCGACAUGAAGCAGGGGGUGGUCAAUCGCCACCGAAACGCUGGUUUCUGGCCAAACACCAUCCUGUUCUAGCUUGUCCUCGGCCUCGUUCGGUUGUAUUUCAUUUCCUUCGGUGAAUUUUCAUUUUGUACACCACAGCUUUUUUUUUCGGUCAGAGAAGAUGCAGCAGGCUUGAGGACAUCCUUGAUAUUCGCUGACUGCCUUCGCCGCUGCCAUGACGAACGCAGGCUUUCUCUCGGGCAUGGCUCAGCCGGCAGCCUCACAGGCAGAUUGACUGGGUCGUGGUUGCAGCCGUGGAGAGGCCGAUGUCGACAGCUCAUCGUAGGAGCUCGAUUCUGUAAAUAUCAUUCACAAUAAUCAUCAAUAAUAGUCACGAAUCUCAGGGAAAAUGUCCUCGCGGUCUGCAUUACCACCUGGGAACGAGAGGAGCUCAGACCAUCAUGCCUCGCUGGCGGUGAGUCGCUCCGAGAAGGGCGCAAGCGUGUCCAGCCGUUCACUGGGUGCCCGCUGUCGGAUUUCCAUGGCCUCCUGUUCGGACGAGCAGCCACACAUCGGAAACUACCGGCUACUGAAGACGAUUGGCAAGGGCAACUUCGCCAAAGUCAAGCUGGCACGCCACAUCCUUACAGGCAGAGAGGUCGCAAUAAAGAUUAUUGACAAAACUCAGCUGAAUCCAACCAGCCUACAAAAGCUCUUUCGAGAAGUGAGAAUCAUGAAAGGCUUACAUCACCCAAACAUUGUCAAACUGUUUGAGGUGAUUGAGACAGAAAAAACACUGUAUCUGAUUAUGGAGUAUGCCAGUGGAGGUGAAGUAUUUGACUACCUCGUGUCUCAUGGGAGAAUGAAGGAAAUAGAAGCCAGAGCCAAAUUCCGGCAGAUUGUGUCUGCUGUCCACUACUGCCACCAGAAAAACAUAGUCCACAGAGAUUUGAAGGCUGAAAACCUUCUGCUGGACGCUGACGCCAACAUCAAGAUCGCUGACUUCGGCUUCAGCAACGAGUUUACACUGGGCAACAAGCUGGACACCUUCUGCGGAUCGCCGCCCUACGCCGCACCCGAGCUCUUCCAGGGCAAGAAGUACGACGGGCCAGAGGUGGAUAUCUGGAGCCUGGGGGUCAUCCUCUACACACUCGUCAGCGGGUCACUGCCUUUCGACGGGCAGAACCUAAAGGAGUUGCGUGAGCGUGUGUUGAGAGGGAAGUACCGCGUGCCCUUUUACAUGUCCACUGACUGCGAGGGCAUCCUCCGCCGCUUCCUGGUGCUCAACCCCACAAAACGCUGCACCCUAGAGCAAAUAAUGAAGGACAAAUGGAUCAACGCUGGUUUUGAGGGUGACGACCUCAAGCCUCACAUAGAGCCUGUGGCCGACUACAGCGAUGCCAGCCGCAUCGAGGUGAUGGUUGGGAUGGGCUUCACCUCCGAGGAGAUCAAGGACUCUCUGCUCAAUCAGAAAUACAACGAGGUGUCUGCCACCUACCUGCUGCUGGGGAUCAAGACUGAGGAUGGUGCGGAGACACGGUCCGGCAGUAUGACUCUGCCCCGCGUGCGGCCCAGUCCCAUCACCAACGGAACCAACAAGCACUCGUCCGCCACUGGCUCCUCUUCAUCCUCCUCCUCCUCCUCCCACAGCAAGACGCAGCGCAGCAGCUCCACCUACCACAGGCAGAGACGGCACAGCGACUUUUGUGGUCCCAGCAUGCCGGUGAUGCACCCUAAGCGGAGCCCGACCACGGGCGGUGACCGUGACCUGCGUGAGAGCCGCAUGCCCCCGCGCAAGGCCAGCUGCAGCGUGAUGGGCAGCCGCAGCCUGCCGCCCUCCAGCCCCAUGGUCAGCAGCGCCAACAACCCCAACAAGGCCGAGAUCCCUGACCGCCGCAAGGAGAUGACCGCCACCACCAAUAACAUCCCAGGCAGUGCCAUGACUCGCCGCAACACAUACGUGUGUACGGACCGCUCCAACACAGAUAGACAUUCACUACUGCAGAACGGCAAAGAGAACAGCUCUCUGUCUCACCGGCUGCCCCCCACCUCUCCGUCCACGCUGAGCAUGGCCGGCGCGGGCGCAUCCUCCUCGUCCUCCUCGGGCGAGCGCUGCCGCCUGACCCGCGGCUCCACCAUCCGCAGCACCUUCCACGGGGGUCAGCUGCGUGUGGCCGGCCCGGGCGUCCCCUCUGGCCCGCCGCCACCUCCCGGCGCUGCCCCAGGUGCAGGCCCUCGGCCCCACGCCAAGAGCCCCAUGGCCACCUCCAACCUCUUCAGCAAGCUCACCUCCAAACUCACGCGCAGGGUCAAUCUUGACCCCUCUAAGCGCCAGGGCUCAAACAAGUCAGUGUCGGGUUGCACUCUCCCCCAGGGAUCAAAAACAGUUAGGUCACAAAUGAACCUGAGGGAGUCAGCAGACCUUCGGUCACAAGUGGCCAUCUACCUGGGCAUUCGAAAGCGCCCGAGCCCCGGUGCGUCGGAGGCGGGGGCGGGCGUUGGUGGGGGGGGGAUGUGAGGGGCCGUGUGGCGG